CUUGGCCGUUACCAGAACCAAACCCUAGACCUUUUUAGCAAUAUAUAAACACCACUCACUUCAAUAAGUUAGGGAAGAUGGCCAAAGGAUCUUCUCCUCAUAUUUUGAUCAUAGGUGGUGGGUUAGGAGGAUUGCUGCUGGGCCAAAUCCUACGGAAGAAUAAUAUCUCAUUUGAGAUCUUUGAACGAGACCGGAGCGACAACAUAAGAGUCUAGGGCUGGGCGAUCGGCCUUCAUACUAUGCUCGAUGAACUUGACGCAUCAAUUCCGGAUGACAUGCCGUCGCGGGACCUCGUGAACCAUCUGCUUCCCCUGAAAUUUCACUAUGGAUUUGCCUGGUAUAGACACGACCGUACUGAGAAGCUUGGCGUUCGCGACGAUGGCAGCGGAAAGUUCAUCCGUGCGAACCGUGCCCGACUUCGAAAGUGGCUAGCGACUAAUAUGCCUAUUCAAUACGGCAAGCAUGCUGUUCGUAUUGAAGAGAAUCGUAAUGUUGUCACGGCACAUUUCGAGGAUGGGACAUCGGCUAGUGGCGAUAUUCUCAUCGGUGCAGAAGGACCUUACAGCCCUACUAGGAAAUAUCUCCUAGAGGGGCGUGAUGUGAUCAGGAAACCGUGCCAAGGGAUCAUCAAUGGAGAGGUCACAUUGAGUGGCAGUGAUAUGGAAGGGCAACUCGAGAUGGCUCAUUCCUGUUAUUUAGUCGACGUGAGCCCGUCUCAUACAGCUUCUCACGACUAGCUGAAUAUGGCCAAAACCCGUCCUUAGAUGCAUCUUCAUCACGCCAGAACAAAUUGAAAUAGUACUUUCCAGAUUUCCCAUCAGGGAGAGUUUCACUCAAACCAACAAAUAAAAAUGAAGGUGAUUCCAGGGACGGCGAUUGAUAAGACCAAACAUCUGCCGCCCAAACUUAGGUCUAUUGUAGAGAAGACUGGGCCGCAGGGGAUGAAGCAUCCGCCGAUUCAUUUCUGGACGUUGACUAUGGACCCUGAAAUGUUGCCCAAGAGUAG